AAGCCUAAUCUUAGAAGAAAAGGGAAGAUCUAAAACAUGAGUACAGUGAUAGAUUCGUCGCACGCUGCACAAUUUCUAGACGAUCUUUUACGCCGCAACUCCACUGUCCUCAUAUCCGCCACAUACUGCCAAUUUUCCACGCAGAUUAAGAAACUACUGAUUGAGCUAAAGCGCCGUUUCGUCUCAGUUGAAAUCGAUCUUGUGCCGAACGGCCUACAGAUUUUCCGAGAAGUAGUUGCCCUAACGGGCGUGCACACGGUGCCACAGCUCUUUGUGCAGGGGAAGUACCUAGGUGGGUAUGACGAUAUUGUAGCUUUGUAUAGGAAAGAUGCACUAUCCUCAGCGCUUGGGAAACGUAGCUUGGCGCGAUAAAGGAAGGGAGAGGGGGAGUUGACAUUUAUUGAUGUGCAUGACUUUAGGAGUUUACUGGUAGUUUCAUUAGAAGAUGAUUUAUUAGUUUACAAAGAAAGAAGGGGUAUGUGGUCUUGUUAGGUCAGGUUGGUUUAUCCAGUUUAUGAUAGUCAUUAUCACUGCGCUGCUAUUUCAUAGCACAUUUAAAGGGUGUGCGUGUAUGAUUUUUAGUAUGAAAAA